AUGCCUUGUUACGUAAAGUUUAUGAAGGAGAUCCUCUCUAAGAAGAGAAAGCUGGAAGAUUAUGAGACUGUUGCUUUAACCGAAGAGUGCAGUGCAAUUCCACAAAGAAAAAUGCCCCAAAAGCUGAGAGAUCCAGGGAGUAGACUUGGUUUAGGUGAGGCUAGGCCUAGAACAUUCACUCUACAGUUGGAAGACCGUUUAGUGAAGCAUCCACGGGGUAUUAUUGAAGAUGUGUUGGUGAAAGUGGAUAAAUUCAUUUUUCCUGCUAACUUUAUUGUUCUUGACAGGGAAGAGGAUACAUAUGUGCCUAUCAUUCUUGGAAGACAUUUCUUAGCCACUGGGAAAGCUCUAAUUGAUGUUCAAAAGGGAGAGCUUCGAUUGAGAGUUCAGGGGGAUGAGGUUGUGUUUAGUGUUUUUAAGGCGAUGACAUAUUCGAGAGCUAGUGACAAUUGUUAUAGCAUUGAUGUGAUUGAUAAUGUAGUUUCAAGAAGAAGGUGGAAUAGUGAUGCCUUAGAGGUGGUUUUGGCAGGUGGUGAGGAAGAUAAUGAUGAUGCCGAGAUGAAGGAAUAUGUCAAGUGGAUAAACUCUUACCAACCAUACAAAAAGAAGUUCAAAGAGUUGGAACAAGGGCUAGAAAGACCAUUGCUAUCCAUUGAGCAGCCACCAGAGUUGGAAGUAAAGUCUCUACCAGAUCAUUUAUGUUAUGCUUAUUUGGGUGAGAAAGAGACUUUACCUGUAAUUGUAUCCACUACACUUUCUAAAAUAAAGACGGAGAAGUUAUUGAGGGUUUUGCGAUCCCAUAAAUUAGACAUUGGUUGGACAUUGGCAGAUAUUAGAGGGAUAAGCCCUUCAAUAGUGAUGCAUAGAAUCUUGAUGGAAGAGGAUAAUAAGCCAUUUAUAGAAGCUUAG